CACUGCUGCUACUGCUGCUGCCUCUCAUAGGACACACAUAACAUACACGUUGCCCCCUUGCACCCUUGUGACCCCCUCUCUCCCCCACAAAACACACUCUACAGUCGAGCUCCAACUUCACAUUGAGUGUGCACAUAGACAAGAUUUUUCGCAUUACAGAGUCGCUAACUCGCUCACACGGACUGACUGACAAUUCAUAGCCAAAGCAAAGCAAAGCAAAAGCAAAAAAAAAAAGAAAAGAAAUAAAACUCCUUCUUGGCGAAAGGAAAAAGGACUUUUGUUUUAAGAAUAGAAAAAAAAACGCAAAAGUGAUAAAUAUUUUAAACGACAAAAAUGAGUGCAAAAAAGGACAAAGGAUAUGGGAACAAAUGAGUCAAUCACAUCCUUUUCGGAAUUGGCCAAGUGAAAAAAUCUCGGCAAAAGUGUAAAAAAACAAUAGGUACACAUAGCGGAAUAAUACAUUUCGGCCAGAAGCAGGCACGACGACGAAGAAGAAGAAGAGGAAGCAGCAGAAGAGAGAGAGGCAGGACGAGGACGAGGACGACGACAACGAAACCUGAUUUGGGGGAGUUUGCAAGGAGGAAAAACUGGCAACUAUCACUGGCAGCGCAGUAAUACUCGUAACACUUGGUGAAAAUUUCCCAAACGAAAAACCCAAGGAAAGAUUGCCAAGAAUCUAAGCUAAGCAGGGAUUUGGCAAAAGAGGAUAAGGAGAGAGGGAUAAGGAGAGCGUCAAAAGUUUAACUCAAAAAAAAUUCUGUCAAUUAAUCUUUUUUUGUAAGUUUAGUUAUUGCUUUUUGAUAACAACUUUGUACCAAACUUCUGCAAUACCAAAACUCAGUCGCCGGAGAGCAUCUGAGAGCCCCCAACCCACCACCAGCACCCCCCCUCUCUCGCUCUCUCUCACACGACAUUCACUUAAUGCUAAUCAAAUGAAUCAACGAUGUUUUGCGUCCUUAGGCUAAAUGUUGUGUUGUGUGGAUGAAGAGUUCUGGCCAAAGGAACUACAACAACAACAACAACACCACAAACAAAAAAACACAAAAAAAAUCGCAAUGCAACGCUUAACUCCCGCAUUAGAUACGGGUGAUUGUACGUAAAAACCCCAUUAACCUUUCACAACUGGCCGCCAAGGAGUUGACAACAAACAGGCAACGAGAGGACGUCCGAAGAAAACAAAAAAAAAAAACGCGACAGGAGAAAACAAAAGGCAGAUCACCAGGAGCUGCCAACACCAACAUCAGGAUAUCAACCAAAUUAACAAGCAAAAAUAAUCCAUUAAAAACCACUGCCAUACCACCACCCCAUCCCCUCGCUCUGGCCACCCACCAAAACAAGAACACAUACAGCGACACACAUACCCUCACACACACACAACAUCAUCCCCUCCGCCACCCACAACAACAAAAAAAGGAUCCAGAGUUCAACUUUGGAUUUAAAAACUAAUGAAUGCCCAACAACUGCAAAUUCCAUAUCCAAUGGCUCUGAGACGUUACCUGGUAUGUUUUAGCAUACUAACUUGGCUAUCAUUGCUAACAACCACCCAGUCGGUCAGAAUAACCAAUCUUAAGGUGCCUCAUACCUACACGCUGGAACGUCACACAGAACCGCAACCCCUGGUGCUAGACUGUGAAUAUGAAUUGGGGCCGCGCGAAAAGGGCUUUGUGCUCAAGUGGCUGUUCAACAACCACUCGAUAUAUCAAUGGAUACCCUCCGUAAAGGGAUUUGCAAUGGGCAUCAUGAAAUCGAAAAUCAAUACGGAAAUCUACACAACAGAGGGUAGUCCGGGUGUGAUAUCAAUACGUAGGCCAGACUGGAAUAUGACCGGGGAGUAUACAUGUUUUGUCCAAACCUUCGAAUCAACAGAUAAACGAAGUAGCCGUCUACAAAUAAUUGUUCCUGAAUCGGAUUUUUUACUUGAAACAAAAAUGGAUGGAACGCGUGAAAAUGUCGAAGUAAUGUGUGCCGUUCAGAAUGUUUUCCCCCAACCCGUACUAUACGUAAACAGAUUUGAUACAAAAAUUUUGGAUUCCGUACUGACGCAAAUGGAUCAGAAUGCUAGUGGCCUAUAUAGUAUGACAGUUAGAACGCGUAUACCUAGAGAUAAAUUCGAAUCACCCACACCGAUAACAUGUGCAUUUUACCUGCUUGGUACCAAUUACACUAAAAGACGGGAAACUAUUUUCUAUGGUAAGUAGAGAUAAAGCAACAAAUAUACAACGUAAAUGGACAACAGUCGCUGUAGUCAUGUCGAUCGCGUCUUUAGCUUUAAGCAGUUAGUUUGGAUAUUUGUAAUAAAAAUAAAAACAAAAAUUGAAAUAAUAAUAAUUUAAUAACAUAAAUAAGAAUAAUAAUAAAUUUAAAAAAAAAACAAAUAAUAUUUAAUAUAUAACAAAGAAGGACGAAAGAAAAAGAAAAAACCAAAAAAUCGAAGACAAAGAAGAGGAAAUCGAAAAAACCAAAAAGUAUAUUUGUGUUCGUAUAGGAUAUUUCUAUUUAGAAUUUUAAAAAAAUGAACAAAACCCCCAGAUGAAAAAAAAACAACCAACAACAACAAGAUUCCCAAUAAAAAAAAUAACAACAAAAC